AUGGCUUCAUUAGCGAACCUCUUACCUGGCCAGAUCCUCGCCGUCUACUACAGCGAUGAUGUGGUAUGGCAUGAGCGACUGUUGUUAUGGCGACAUGGUCCAGACUGCUGGUUCAUUCUGACCCCAGACUUGGAUCUGUAUGCAGAAGAUCUAGGGAUGCGUGGGGAGGAUGGGCCUUCACGAGUGAAGGUGAAGGGGCAAGACUUCAAGUACUGGAGCAGAGUUGGGGGCACAGCGUACCGUUUCUCCGCUCCUGUCUCCACAGAUGACAGCUUGAGGUCCUACAUACGGCAGGCCUUUCGUGAAGGGCUCAAAGAUGACUCCUUCGACCGUGAAUGGAGACCUGAACAUGUGGUGGAUGUUAAGGGUUUGCUUCAACCUUGUCAAGACUUCCUUGGAGACAUGGUGCUCUUGACUUCUCACCGCAUCACUGGCAAGGGUCCUGGAGUGCUUCGGCAGGCGGGUCAACUGCCCAGUGGUGUUGAUGUGAAGCCCAUUACGCUGCCGGAUGAGGACCAUGUGUGGGUCGUGUUGGAGAAGAUUGACAGCUUCCAAUUUGGCCAGGCUGUUGAAGUCAACCCAGACAAGGACAUCAUGAUUGACGGUCGCACUGGGCUUGUCAAGACAGCGAGUGGUUGGGCAAAGGUUGAACUAGUUGGUGUAGCUGCUUCCCCUGAGUUUCUAGAGUUACGGCGCCCCAGCCUUGCCACGCCACCUGAACCUGUGGUGGACUCCAAGAGGGAAUCUUCAGAUGAGGGCGGUGGUGAUGCCCGCACUUUGUUCAUCGACUUCGAUGCGCAGGGCGUCCGCUUCAAGGAUUGGCGAGCGGUUGUCCAGGAAUGUGUGGAGUACCACUAUGAGGACUGGCCUCACUCAGGGCCAGCGACUGUCCAUCAUUUGCUGAAACACUUCUACAAAUAUGGGGGUGACCCAAAGCAGUGGUUGGAGCUAUGGUGCAGACAGAAAGGAAUUGCGGAUCAAGACAGGGUGAAGCACGAGCUUCGUUGCUUGAUGGAAGUCUUCCACCACGCUGGAUCUUAUGAUCAGCUGAACCUUCCUGUCCUUGCCUCCAUGGAGACAGUCGCCCGGCGUGUCCAGUGCAUAGUGGACGCAUAUGCCCAGGGUGGCUCAGCCUCCCCUGACUGGGGAAAUGCAAAGCUGUUCACUGGGUAUGUUGGUCCUGAUGACUUGGUCAUGCCCCAGCUGAAGAGCUGGGCUGCUAGGAAGGGCAAGGAAGAAGUAGAGCUGUUUCAGGCUCGCAAUCGCAUGAAGGAACUCCGAAAGAGUUCAGCGUCAACAGAGGAAGCAGCUGUUGCUGCAGCAGAUGGCAGCUUACCCGCAGGCGGCAACCCCAAGCCCAAACGCCGUGCUAGAGGCAAAGGGCUGGAGCCGCCACCAUUGAAGAUGAUCGGUGGUCUCAGCCGAGGAUGCAGCCAGAGAUUGGCAAGGCGUGUCAAAGGCCGGCAAGAUCUUUUUGAGAUGAUUUCGUCUCUGAAUUGGAUGCAUGUGGGCGACUUUGAUGCCCAGCCGAAUUUGCCCCCCUCGCCACUGCAGCUUCGGGUGCUGAAGCGACUGGAGGAAUUGGUUGGGCUGGCGGGCGACUUAGGUCCACUGAGUUGCAUGCCGUCGCAGGAGGCAGCCUACAAGGAGCUGCUCCAUGGGAUGGAUGGCUACUGUGAGCCUUCCACUCCAGCUUCUCUCGCGCCCUUCAAUCUCGAGCUCAUCUCUUUGCCCAGCGAUUUGACCACGGCACCAGCGGCUUUGGAUUUACUGGACGGGGAUGACCGUCGAUACCUGGAGGUGCAAGAGCGCAUGUUACGAUCUGGUGAUCAAGUGACUCAGGACUCAAAUUUGUCUCCAUAUUGGGAUCCUGCUUUGAAAAAUUGUCCUCGGAACUAUCGUAAGUUUAUUCGUAAGCUUAAUGAGGAGUGCGACCUCCAUAAAUUGGGCACGGAUGCUUCCUUUGGUUUGCAUGUUGGGCUCUCGGACGUCAAAGACUGUUUUCAUCGCAUCAAGCAACCUCGAUGGUUGUCUAAGUACUUUUGUUUCAUGCCAAUUGAGGCUCGACAUGUGGGUCUCACGGGGCAGGAGCUGGAAGGGCAGGUGCUUCGGUCUAAUGAUUUGGUUUACCCAAUGCCAGGUUCCUUGUGCAUGGGCUUCAGCUGGUCACUAUAUUUUGCUCAGAAGAUCAGUGAACAGCAAAUGCAGGUGGUGCCGGCAUUGAGGGGCUCUAGCCUGAUCAAUGACAGAUGUGGCCCGGCAGUGUUUUCUGCACAGGCCCCUGACACAGUGAAGCAUUAUGUUUAUGUUGACAACCUUGGGGUUCUUGGUGGUGAUCCAGUCUGUGUGGAUCAGGGUCUGAAAGAGUUGACCAACCAGUUCACGGAGAAGAACUUGUUACUGCACCCAGGCGAGAUUCAACAUGAGAUUAUCACCGCCUUGGGAGUUGAGAUGGAUGGCAAGAACCUUUUCACCCGUGUUGCCCCGGCCAGGUUUCAUCGUGUUCGUCAAGGACUCCGGCACCUGCUUCGGAGAGGUCGGUGCACAGGCCGGGCCUUGGAGAUUGUGGUUGGUCACUGCACUUACUGCGGCCUGGUGAACCGUUGCACGUUGAGUAUUUUUCACAAUGUGUACAAGUUCAUCAAGUCAAAUUACAAUACUUCAGUGGUGCUUUGGCCCAGUGUUGUCGCUGAGCUCAGGGCUUUUGCGGGGCUGAUGCCUGCACUCAAAGCAGAUUGGUCUCGGCCUUGGAGCAGCAGUGUGAUGGUUUCAGAUGCCAGUGAAGAAGGGUACGGGGUCUGUCACACUAGUUGGAAACCUGCGGCAGCAGCAGAGAUAGGUAGGUACAGUGAAAGGGAUCGUUUCAAGCGGUCCGGCAGACACAAUGCCAGGGAAUCUGCACUUUCAGCUGCCGGGUUCAUCCGUGAUGAGGUGACGGGCCGGUGGAUUGCUGGCGAGAUGGGGGAUGAAGAGUACCUUGAGGCCUCGGGUUGGCAGCUUGACUCAAAGUUCCCAGAAGUGUCAGCCCAACAACUCCAAAAUUCAGAUUGGCAAGUGGUUCGCCAGGACCGCUGGAAGAGAUCUGAGCACAUAGUGCACCUGGAGGCCAGGGCCUUGGUGAAGUCCAUGGAAGCAGUGGUGCACGAUUGCAGUGCCUUUGAUUCCAGACAGUUGCUGUUGGUUGAUUCAAUGAGCGCAGCGUUGGCCUUUGACAGAUGUAGGAGUAGGAAUUAUAGGUUGCUUAGACAAAUCCGCAAGUUCUGCUCCUAUGCUAUUGGUUGCAACCUCUCAUUUUCAGUUCGUUGGAUCCCGUCAGAGAUCAACCCAGCAGAUGAGCCUAGUCGCGUAUUUGAUAUUUACCACGCACAUGGUCAACAUUCAAAUCGCUCAUUUUUGCGCGCCUCUGUUUCACGCGAUGGGGCCGAAAAGGGUUUCCACACUGACUCCACCAGUUUCCCAGACAUCCAGCCAUCCUUCUCGGUCACGGACUCUGGCCAUUCCUCAGCAGAAGGCUGCUCCAGCGUCCAGUUCCAAGUCCAGGACGUGUCGGCUGGACAAGCCGCCAGCAGCAGCCCAGCUACUGAAGCCUCUCAGCAUCGAGAGGGUCCAGCUGGAGCACGUGGCCGAGAGGAUGGAAACAUCCAGACAGAAAAGGAGACUUUCCGAAAGCGAAGACAGCACCUCAUCCUCAGAGGAGCAAGUGAGUCACAGUCGACAGCAGAUGUUGGCAAGGCGCAGCAGAAAGCCAUCACUGCCAAGACAGAGCAGUACUACAACCAGGAGUAUGGGGAGCUGAAGGCAUUCAUCAGCGGUCGCAGACUCACUUUUUCGACGGCUCCCCAGAAGGAUGUGGGGAUCAAUGCCUAUUUCAACCAUCUCUUUUUGGAAGGUCAUCCAGCCCACAAGGGAGAAAAGAUUCUAGCUUCGUUCAUGCAUCAGAACCCGGACUUCAGCCGGUAUGGAUCACAGAAACUGCCUCGGACUUAUCGGGCUUUGAAGGGGUGGAGAAGGCUGAGCCCAGGCACUUCCCGCAAAGCAUGGCCGUUAGCAGUGUGGUGCGCAGUGGUCAGCGAAAUGAAAAGAUUGGGUCAGCUGCAGAUGGCUCUUUUUACCAUGCUGGGGCUGUCUUCUUAUUCCAGGCCAAGCGAGCUCUUGAGGUGCCGGGUGUUUUCACUGGUGCGACCUGCGCCGUCCGUGACCGAGCACUGGUGCUUGCUGCUGAACCCAGAGGAGCAUCCUGCCCGGUCAAAGACAGGCACAUUCGACGACUCUCUUGUCCUCGACUCAGCCUAUCUCAGGCCUUGGGCAGCACCGCUUAUGCGUCAACUGACCAGCCGGCCGAACAACCAGAUGCUGUGGGAUUUCGACUAUGGCCAGUAUGCCAAAGUCUUUGGCCAAAUUGCCAGACAAAUGGGCAUCGACAUCACCCCCUAUCAGCUUCGGCACUCAGGUCCAAGUAUAGAUCGAAGCCGAAACUCCAGGUCCCUACUGGAGGUGCAGAAACGAGGAAGGUGGAAAUCACACAAGAGUGUGGCCCGAUACGAAAAGUCAGGACGAUUAGCAGCGAACUUCCAGAUGCUCCCAGUGGUCUUGCAACAGCACUGCCUGGCCGCCGAGUCACAUCUCGUGGAAGUGAUGUUGGGCCAGGAUGUAGCCCGCAUCGGGCGACUAUGCCAAGGCAAGGGCAUUUGCAGUGUGAGCAGGUGGCAGAUCUCUGAGAAGUUGGACGCCAGUUCGUGUGUGAGCAGGUGGCAGAUCUCUGAGAAGUUGGACGCCAGUUCGUGUCGCCAGCACUGA